AUGAGUCAAUCAUCUCUGUCCCGCAAAGGAGGACCCUCCAAUGGUGCUCGACGUCCCCACUCAAACGACGACAUCAUUAGGAUCCCAGACUGCGAUAUUGAUGCUGCAAAGGAACGCUUCCGCCUCACUCUCAUUGGAAGAGUUUUCCAUAUCCGAGGGCGUAGCAUCGAUGCUCUGAUCAACCUCCUCCCCAGACCUCGGAUUUGGAAUGUUAAGGGAAGAUGGAGCUUCUCCCUAGAGCGAUGGGAACCUUUCACAUCUGAAUCCUUUCCGAACACUAUCCCCUUCUGGAUAAACGUCACUGGAGUCCCAGUACACUUCUGGAAUGAUACUACUUUCACGGAGAUAGCAAAUGCGCUUGGCAAAAAGCUUCUCAUUGAUGAAAAGAAGGCGAGAAUCCAAGUAUCAAUCGAAGCAGACAAGCCUCUGCAGUUUGAGCGGAGAAUUGGUUUCAAAAUUGGAGAUGUUGGGAAGGUAACACUCACCUACGAUGGUCUACAUCGUUACUGCUUCACUUGCUACCAUAUAUCUCACGAUGAGAACUAG